GGCCUGUGGGGCUCUGUGGCCUGUGGGGCUCUGUGGCGGAGCCUGUCCCCCCCGCCCAACACACCCCGGGCUCUUGGUGCUGUGCUUUCCCGCCUGGCGCGAUAAUGGAGUGAAAAUGACCCGAUGGCGUUAGCAGCGCGCAGGGUCGGGGCGCUGGAGCAGUAAGGGUGGGAGGCGGGGCUGUAUUUUUAGCCAGAUGCCUCGUAAGUUGCCCGCGCGCCCCGCGCCGCCCAACAGAUAACGCCGAGGGAGCUCCGGUGUCAGCGGGCGCCGGGCGAUGGCAGCACGGCCGCGCAGGUCGGGGACAGACCCCGCGGCCGAUGCUGCUACCAGCUUCCUGAGGGCGGCACGCUCGGGAAACCUGGACAAGGCUCUGGAUCACCUGCGCAAUGGGGUGGACAUCAACACCUGUAACCAGAACGGGUUGAACGGCUUGCAUCUGGCUUCUAAAGAAGGCCACGUGAAGAUGGUGGUUGAACUACUGCACAAAGAGAUCAUUCUAGAAACAACAACCAAGAAGGGGAACACUGCUCUGCACAUCGCUGCCCUUGCUGGUCAGGAUGAGGUGGUUCGGGAGCUGGUCAAUUAUGGAGCCAACGUCAAUGCCCAGUCUCAGAAAGGCUUUACUCCCCUGUACAUGGCGGCCCAGGAGAAUCACUUGGAGGUGGUGAAGUUUUUACUGGAGAAUGGAGCCAAUCAGAAUGUAGCCACAGAAGAUGGCUUCACGCCGCUGGCUGUGGCCCUACAGCAGGGGCAUGAGAACGUGGUGGCUCACCUCAUCAACUAUGGAACCAAAGGGAAAGUUCGCCUCCCCGCCCUGCACAUCGCAGCCCGCAACGAUGACACACGGACAGCUGCGGUCCUUCUGCAGAACGACCCCAACCCCGACGUCCUCUCCAAGACGGGCUUCACACCUCUCCACAUCGCAGCUCACUAUGAGAACCUCAACGUGGCCCAGCUGCUCCUCAACAGGGGGGCCAGCGUCAACUUCACACCUCAGAAUGGCAUCACACCACUGCACAUCGCCUCCCGCAGGGGCAAUGUGAUCAUGGUGAGACUUCUGCUGGACCGCGGGGCUCAGAUAGAAACAAGGACCAAGGAUGAAUUGACACCGCUCCACUGUGCAGCUCGGAACGGACACGUGAGGAUCUCAGAGAUCCUGCUGGACCACGGGGCACCCAUCCAAGCCAAAACCAAGAAUGGCUUGUCCCCAAUCCACAUGGCGGCUCAGGGAGACCAUCUCGACUGUGUCCGACUUCUAUUGCAAUACAAUGCAGAGAUCGAUGACGUCACCUUGGAUCACCUGACUCCUCUCCACGUGGCAGCCCACUGUGGCCACCACAGGGUGGCUAAGGUUCUUUUGGAUAAAGGAGCCAAGCCAAACUCCAGAGCCCUGAACGGCUUCACCCCCUUACACAUCGCCUGCAAGAAGAAUCACAUCCGCGUCAUGGAGCUGCUGCUGAAGACGGGCGCCUCCAUCGAUGCAGUCACCGAGUCUGGACUGACACCUCUCCACGUGGCGUCCUUCAUGGGACACCUUCCUAUUGUGAAGAACUUACUGCAGCGGGGAGCAUCACCCAAUGUCUCCAAUGUGAAGGUAGAGACCCCAUUGCACAUGGCAGCCCGAGCAGGGCAUACCGAAGUGGCCAAAUACUUGCUCCAGAACAAAGCCAAAGCCAAUGCUAAGGCCAAGGACGACCAGACACCACUUCACUGUGCCGCUCGCAUCGGCCACACAAGUAUGGUGAAGCUCCUGCUGGAGAACGGCGCCAGCCCCAACCUGGCUACCACUGCUGGCCACACGCCCCUGCACACUGCAGCCCGAGAGGGCCACGUGGACACAGCCCUGGCCCUCCUGGAGAAGGAGGCAUCCCAAGCGUGCAUGACCAAGAAAGGAUUUACCCCUCUCCAUGUGGCUGCCAAGUAUGGGAAGGUACGGGUGGCUGAGCUGCUCCUGGAACAGGACGCACAUCCCAACGCAGCAGGAAAGAACGGCUUGACUCCGCUGCAUGUAGCCGUCCAUCACAACAACUUGGACAUCGUCAAGCUCCUCCUUCCCCGAGGUGGCUCCCCGCACAGCCCUGCCUGGAAUGGCUACACCCCUUUGCACAUUGCUGCCAAGCAGAACCAGAUAGAGGUAGCCCGCAGUCUACUGCAGUACGGGGGAUCAGCGAAUGCCGAGUCUGUGCAAGGCGUGACCCCGCUGCACCUGGCUGCCCAAGAGGGCCACACAGAAAUGGUCGCCCUUCUCCUCUCAAAGCAAGCCAAUGGCAACCUGGGAAAUAAGAGUGGCCUCACCCCCCUCCACCUGGUAGCACAAGAGGGCCAUGUUCCAGUGGCCGAUGUGCUGAUCAAGCAUGGUGUCACGGUGGAUGCUACCACCCGGAUGGGUUACACCCCACUCCACGUGGCCAGCCAUUACGGAAACAUCAAGCUGGUGAAGUUCUUGCUGCAGCACCAAGCAGAUGUCAAUGCCAAGACCAAGCUAGGAUACAGCCCCUUGCACCAGGCAGCUCAGCAAGGACACACAGACAUUGUGACGUUGCUCCUGAAGAAUGGUGCUUCUCCAAACGAGGUCAGCUCGAAUGGAACCACACCUCUGGCAAUAGCCAAGCGGUUGGGCUAUAUCUCUGUAACCGACGUGCUCAAGGUGGUCACAGAUGAAACCAGUGUAGUGUUAGUCAGCGACAAACAUCGGAUGAGCUACCCUGAGACCGUGGAUGAGAUUCUGGAUGUGUCUGAAGAUGAAGGAACUGCUCAGAUAACUAUAAUGGGUGAAGAACUUGUUGGCUCCAAGGCAGAGAGGCGGGACUCCCGGGAUGUGGGUGAGGAGAAAGAGCUGUUGGAUUUUGUGCCGAAGCUAGACCAAGUGGUGGAAUCUCCAGCCAUCCCAAGGAUCCCCUGUGUCACCCCUGAGACUGUGAUCAUCCGAUCCGAAGACGCGGAACAGGGAUCUAAAGAAUACGAUGAGGAUUCCCUCAUCCCCAGCAGCCCAGCCACAGAGACCUCAGACAACAUUAGCCCCGUGGCCAGCCCCGUCCACACAGGGUUUCUGGUGAGCUUCAUGGUGGAUGCCCGGGGAGGAUCCAUGAGAGGAAGUCGUCAUAAUGGCCUGAGGGUAGUGAUCCCUCCCCGGACGUGUGCGGCACCCACGCGCAUCACCUGCCGCCUGGUCAAGCCUCAGAAGCUGAGCACACCACCCCCGCUGGCUGAGGAAGAGGGCCUGGCCAGCAGGAUCAUCGCACUGGGACCUAUGGGGGCCCAGUUCCUUAGCCCCGUGAUUGUGGAGAUCCCCCAUUUCGCCUCGCGUGGCCGUGGAGACCGUGAACUGGUGGUUCUGAGGUGUGAGAAUGGCUCUGUGUGGAAGGAACAUAAGAGCCGCUAUGGAGAAAGCUACCUGGACCAGAUCCUUAAUGGCAUGGAUGAAGAGCUGGGGAGCUUGGAGGAGCUGGAAAAGAAGCGAGUUUGCCGCAUCAUCACCACCGACUUCCCCCGGUACUUUGUGAUCAUGUCCCGGCUGUGCCAGGACUAUGACACCAUCAGUCCUGAAGGGGGCUCCCUACGAAGCAAGCUGGUGCCCAUGGUACAGGCAACGUUCCCUGAAAAUGCUGUCACCAAGAAAGUGAAGCUGGCUCUACAGGCCCAGCCUGUCCCAGAUGAGCUGGUGACAAAGCUCCUCGGCAACCAGGCCACCUUCAGCCCCAUUGUCACUGUUGAGCCAAGGCGCCGGAAGUUCCACCGCCCCAUUGGGCUUCGGAUCCCACUCCCUCCCUCCUGGACUGACAACCCGAGAGACAGCGGUGAGGGAGACACCACCAGCCUGCGCCUGCUGUGCAGCGUCAUUGGUGGAACUGACCAAGCCCAGUGGGAAGAUAUAACGGGAACAACCAAGCUUGUGUACGCCAACGAGUGUGCCAACUUCACCACCAAUGUGUCAGCCAGGUUUUGGCUAUCGGACUGUCCUCGGACCGCAGAGGCCGUGCACUUUGCCACUCUAUUGUACAAAGAGCUCACGGCAGUCCCCUACAUGGCCAAGUUCGUCAUUUUUGCCAAGAUGAAUGACCCACGGGAAGGACGACUACGCUGCUACUGCAUGACAGAUGACAAAGUGGACAAGACCCUGGAACAGCAUGAAAACUUUGUGGAGGUGGCACGGAGCAGGGACAUAGAGGUUCUGGAAGGAAUGCCUCUAUUUGCAGAACUCUCUGGGAACUUGGUGCCUGUCAAGAAAACAACCCAACAACGAAGUUUCCACUUCCAGUCAUUUCGAGAGAACCGUUUGGCCAUCCCUGUGAAGGUGAGGGACAGCAGUCGUGAACCGGGAGGGUUCUUGUCAUUCCUACGAAAGGCGAUGAAGUACGAGGAUACACAGCACAUCCUCUGCCACCUGAAUAUCACCAUGCCACCCUGUACCAAGGGCAGUGGAGCAGAAGACAGGAGGAGGACCCUGACACCCCUUUCCCUUCGAUAUAGCAUCCUCAGCGAGUCGCGGCUGGGUUUUGCCAGUGACACAGACCGUGCAGAUAUGAAGAUGGCAGUCAUCACGGAGCACCUCGGCCUCAGCUGGGCGGAGCUGGCCCGGGAGCUGCAGUUCACUGUGGAAGACAUCAACCGGAUCCGUGUAGAAAACCCCAACUCCUUGUUGGAGCAGAGUGCGGCCUUGCUGACCCUCUGGGUGGCCCGUGAAGGCGAAAAUGCAAAGUUGGAGAAUCUGUACACAGCCCUGCGGAACAUCGACAGAAGUGAGAUUGUUAACAUGCUGGAGGGCUCCGGCAGGCAGAGCCGCAACCUCAAACCAGACCGGCGGCACGGGGACCGGGACUAUUCAUUAUCACCUUCUCAGAUGAAUGGUUACUCCUCGCUGCAGGACGAGCUGCUGUCCCCCGCCUCCCUGCACUACGCACUUCCCUCUCCGCUGUGUGCAGACCAGUACUGGAACGAAGUGGCUGUCAUAGAUACCAUCCCCCUGGCGGCCACGGAGCAUGACACCAUGCUGGAGAUGUCUGACAUGCAGGUGUGGUCUGCGGGCCUCACCCCAUCCCUGGUCACUGCUGAGGACUCCUCCCUGGAGUGCAGCAAGGCCGAGGACUCUGACGCCACGCAAGAGUGGAAGUUGGAGGGGGCACUCUCAGAGGAACCGCAGGGCCCGGAGCUGGGCCCUCAGGAGCUGGUGGAGGACGACACAGUGGAUUCAGAUGCCACAAAUGGCCUGGCUGAUUUGCUAGGUCAGGAGGAAGGUCAGAGGUCAGAAAAGAAGAGGCAGGAGGUCUCAGGCACAGAGCAGGACACGGAGACUGAAGUGUCUCUUGUUUCAGGCCAGCAGCGAGUUCACGCCCGAAUCACAGACUCACCCUCAGUGAGGCAGGUGCUGGACAGAAGCCAGGCCAGAACCCUGGACUGGGAUACACAGGGCUCCACGGCGCCCCAUCCGCAUGAAGCUGCACAAACUUCCUGGCAAGAGGAGGUCACACAAGGCCCGCACUCAGUCCAGAGAAAGAUCACCACCAUCCAAGGGCUGGAGCCCGGCACACUUCAGGAAUAUGAGCAGGUGCCUACACGAGAGCAUGUGCAGAGGGGGCCACCCGAGACCGACAGCCCCCAGGCUGCCAAGGAGCCAAGCCUGUGGGCAUCUGAGAGCACCUUCUCUCAGAAAGGACAGGGGGAUGAGCUCCAGAAUAUUCCAGGAGAGCAGGUGACGGAGGAACAAUUCACAGAUGAACAGGGCAACAUUGUCACCAAGAAGGUCAUUCGCAAAGUCGUUCGGCAGGUAGACUCCUCCGGUGCCAUCGACACCCAGCAGCACGAGGAGGUGAUUGUUGAGGGGCCCCUAGUGGACCCUGGGGAUCUGGAAGCUGAUAUUGAGUCCUUUAGGAAACUUACUAAGGUGGAGCUAAGAGGGAGUGGACUACAGCCGGACCUGCUAGAGGGCAGGAAGGGGGCUCAGAUAGUGAAGCGGGCCAGCCUGAAAAGGGGCAAACAGUGAUCUCUCCUCGAGUAGCCCCUUGGGAGGAUCACACCUCAACACCCAAACCCUGAACUCCACACACUCUGUCAUGCACACAGAAGGAGACCUGGACCAGAGGGCUACUGGAGGGUCGCACGUGUCCUACGAUCCCGGCAUGACCUCUGUAAGGGCUUCCUUUAGUCUCAUAUUCGCAUGAACGACUGCUGUAGACGCAUGACCUACAGACUUCAGUCCUGCCUCUAGCGACUAUGGAUCUCUGUGGGAAUCAGGACAAAGGCCGCAAGAAGAGGGGAGAGAGGAAUGAGGGAGAGCGAGCAAGCCCCCAAAGAGCACAUGGGUGCAGACACGAAUAAGGGCUCUACUGUGACUGGGAUGGUUGGUUAAAGUUUGUUUGCUUUUUUUGUUGUUUUGUUUUGAUUUUGACUUCGACCUCAUUUGUAAGAAGCUCACAAGAUCAUUCUGGAAGGGGGAACUAGAAACUGGGUGUGGAAUCAGUUUAGCACCAUCACCCCACAUUCUCGUGUGCCAGCCUUCCACACCUGCACACACCACAUGCCACCCCACACACACACACCACACUUCCCGCUGAAGGACAUGACACAGUUGCACAUGUGCAGGCCUCCCCCUCACUCAUCCACACUGGUUUUACUGUGUCCUCUGAAGCUGUAUGGAUAAACUGGAUAUAUAUAUAUUUUUUUAUGUUGUCUCUCAGUUUCAGUAUUAAUCACCUUCCAGUGGAAAUCAUUACCCUGAGAGUGCAUUUAGAAAUUUGGGAACUGAGGCAAGGAGCCCUCGGGAUUUGCUGUAGGGCUCAAAGGGAGUCAGGGCCCCAUCUCAAAGUUCUCUCUGGGGAAGGGCCUGUGGCUGUCCGAGGAUUGCACCAGCAUGUUCAAUAGACGGGAGGUUUUCGAAAUCGUCAAGCAUUUCAAUAAUAGUCUGUGUUAAAAGUGUAAACUGUACAGUAAUCAGCCUUGUGUAUAUCAAUACAAUAAAUACUAUGCAAACCAAUAGAAACACGUUAGCAGUAUGUACAAAGCCCAAAACAGCUCAGCUCCCAAGGACUUCUCCAGGCUGUGGGAGGAGCUAAAGGCUGUCUUUCACUGAAAGAGGAAGGGAGUAGGGUUGUGAAUGUACCUGCCAGUUCCUAGGUCACACCACCACCCUGAGGUCUCCCAGAGCCAACUUGGUGCUUGAAGUGCAGGUGGCCGCAGGCUGGAGGUCCUGGCACAGACCCUGGACUCAAGCUCCGACCACCGGCCCAGCGCAAGGAGAGCCCGGAGCAAGAGAGAGCUGCUGACCAGGAGGCUGAGGAGAGACCCUCUUCUAUCUAGACUCAGGGCCAGGCCAGGAAGGGACCCCUCAACUGGCUGGUCUUGCCUUGGAGCCCUCAGGGAAGAGCCUUAACGUCACACUAGAGUCUCCUGCAGAGGGAGGCCCGAAUCAGCACAAUCCGGCUCCGCCUCGCCCGGGCGGCGCCCCCUACGGCCAGGAAAGAGACUGGCAGGCUCUUCUCGCUCUCCAGGAGCCACUGGUGGACGGCGGUCACCUUCCUCGCCUGCCGCUCUUCGGAGGGUGUCGUCAGGACACAAUAAAAACCUUCCAAGUAGCACAGACGCCCCUCCAUGCCCGUGCCCCCACGCCCUGGAGGCUCGCCCCGGCGCGCGCUCUAGCCCCAGCCCCGGGCGAGUGUAGGAAUUGGGGGCGGGGGAUGCUGUGGUCCCCGCGGGCGCGGCUGGCUUUCCUCCGAGGGGCGGCCCCGGGAGGGCUGGGCGGACGAGGACGGGCGCGGGGUCGCCCCGCCUCGACCCGUACCCUCCGCUCCAGGCUGCCGCCCCAGUAGCGGCUCUUAGCGCCCCGCGCGGCCGGGCUCCGCUUUGGCACCCUCCGCUCAGCCUGGCUUGGCUGCUUGGCACGCCGCCCCCCGCCCUCGGCGGCAUGGCUGCGCGCUCCCGUUGCUAGUAGGAGCUGUUUAAGAGGAGUUUGGGGUCUCCACUUGAUGCCUAGAGAAUGCUGCAGUCUGCACCUUAGACGCUUUUUAGAAGUUUUGAAAUGACCUUGAUUUUUUUUAAUUGUUAUGAAAAAUGAACUAUGUCCUGGCUCUCUCAUGCUCUGUUACUGAGAGAGACCACCCCUCCCUAUUCUGAUGUAUAGACCAUUCUCCCUACACCAGCUAAACAGAUGUCAAAUUAAUAAAGAAACUGACUCAUG